AUGGAAAGGCUCGGACAAGAGGCGAGAAAUGAUAAUGUGGAGAGGAGAGAAGCACUGCAUCUUUGGCAAAAGGCUGUUAAUCGAUCUGAGAAACGAUCGAAAGAAAUUGAGUUUCUUUUGCAGUCAUUUGAAGAUCUUGAUCGGCAGACCGACGAAAACUUGAUGAAAAAAAGGGAACAUGAACAUUAUUUGGCUAACUCAAUUAAAGAUACAGCUGAAAUAAGAAAAAAAGUAGAAGACUCGAAAAAGAAGUUGACAAUGUUACAAGAGAAAAAUGCAGCUGCUGUGGAUGAAAUUAAAAUUACCAAAUCAGAAUUGCAAGUUCUUAAAAACGUAGCUAUCAGUAGUUGUCAAAAUUUACAAUCUCUUCAAUUGGCUGUUAAGGAAACAAAAUGUGCCAUUUCUACACAAUAUGAUAAAAUAAACAAGACUUUGGAAAAUAUGGAAAAGUUGAAAAUUAAAUUUAAAGGUGUUCAAGAAAGUAAACUCUCUGUUGUUCACUUGGUUGCUGAAUCUGAGUUUCUACUUCGACAGGAGGAACGAUAUUCUAACAUGUUGGUCAAACACAUUGACAACCUCUCUCGAGGUCGUUUCCACAUCCUAAAGGAGAAGCAGACAACUCACGAGGAUAAACUAAGAGCGGAAAGUUUGAUUGCAGGAUGUAAAAAUAGCAUUAAAAUCCUCGAGGCGGAGAUCUCCAAAACGGAGGAAAAAGUAGUGCAUCAAGACCAAAUCCUGUAUUGCCAAGAUUUCAAAAUCAUUAAACUUGAAGAUCGUAUCUCAAAAAUGGAAAUGGACACAUCAAACGCUGAAGAGUUGGCACGAUUUCAAGAAAAAAUAACUAGACUAUCUGCGGAAUUUGAAGACCUCGAGACAUUAUCUCAAAAAUUUUCCAAGGAAUUGAAGGAUUUAAAGUUGGAAUCAACCAAAAUGGAGAGAGAAUUAACAAAAUUCGCAAACAAGAAGCAGUCACUUGAUGCGCAGAGAGAUAACGAUGAAUUGCGCAUUGAUUUGACUGAGAAAGCUCUUAUGGAUCAUAAGAAAGAACGCAACCUUAUUCUAGUCGAAAAAUCGAUGUUGAGAUUGCAAUUGCAACGAAUUGACGAGAAAAUAGGAUUCCUUAGUGAAAAAGUUUUUAAUUUGGGGAAAUAUCGACUUGAUAUGGAGACUUGUGUGAAAGAACGAGAACUUGAUAUCAACAUCGCCCUGGAAAUGCUAACUCUGCAGACACGACAUGCCGACGAAGAAAAGUCGAGGUUGAAGAAAGAAAUCAGCUCCAAGAGAUUGCAACUUGAUAAACUUAAAAAUAGGUGUGAAAUUGAGUCACUAAAAAUCAAUAAGAUGGGAGAUGCCGAGUUGGAAAAUCAGACGUACCAUUUAAUAGAGGUAUUGCAAGAAAUUGAAAAUUUACGCAGUUAUGGGAACAAACUCAAUGCUGAAAUUGAACAAUCCAAAUGUGAGCUUGAAGCUCUUCAAAAUACACUUUUAUUGGUGAAGGAGGGUAAUCGCCUUUAUGAGCAUAAUUACAAAGAGGCCGAUCAGGAAUUAGUUGAAGAAAGAAACGAGAUUGAACAGGUCAGCAAGAAAUGGAAGAAGGAACUUCAGGAAAAGAAGAGGUACUGCCUUUCACUUGCGGCUGAUAUUCAGAAAAAGCAGCUUGCCUGUGAAAGCGCCAACGAAGAUCUACUGCAGGCUACAAUGCUGAAAAUGGAAUUAGAAGGAAACAAAAGAAAAGAGGAGAAAAAUGCAAGUCUUUUGAAAGAACGUAUAAUGCGAGCAAACAAGAGUUUGAAGAAGGCGAAAUCUGCUGCCAUCAAACAGUUCCCAAAUAUGGUUGGUGUAGAUGGUGGAGAUAUUGGCGAAGAUAUUGAGUUACAAUUGAUGAAAGAUCUGGUUGAGAAGGUCGCAACGCUUCUGAUGAGUCAAGUUAAGGCAACUCGAGUUGAUCAGGAGACCAAGGUGAUUAAAGCGAGGGCAUAUCUCAGGGCAGCUGAUAUUACUAUCAGCCCGGGAUCUUCUGCUGGAAAUUCUAGAGCAGCAGUCAGUGAAACAUCUUCUGGAGGAACAUCAGUCUGUAGUGGCACUGCAUUAGCUUUUCAUGAAUCUUCUUCAUUUUCCACGUAG